AUGGGAGACUGGGAGCAGCAUGAGGAGUGCCUGCUGUCUUUGAUUGGAAAUAAGGAUUACAGUGAACAUAACAUUCAAGUUAUUCUUGCUGCGCAUCUUUUUGGACCAUUGGCUGGUGGUUACGAGAUUGGAUGCGAAGGUUUCCCAAAGGAAGCAAGAAAAUGUCCUAAAUGUGGCAAAGAUAUCAGUGACAAACUAAAGAAUACAUCACUUGGUAAUGGAGAUGUUUGGCACGGGAAUGCUGACAUACUUGUGAAUGGAAGUGUAGUCAAGAUAGGAGCAGAAGACGAUAAUGGUAGUGGUGAACCAGUGCGCAAGAAAAUGAGAAGAACUGAGAGCUUGAGAGAUGAUGAAACUGAAAACACAUUUUCAGAUGAAAGUCAUGUCUCUGACAGUGUUGUGGAAACUAUUGGUUGUCAUGCAACGUCGCAGGUAUUGGCGCAAACAAUUGUUAAUGCAUUUACUGAAGUGAACAAAGAGCGAAAGUUGGCCAAUUCUUUCAUACCCUCAUUUAUUGCCACAUCUGAAGUUAUAAGAAUUACUAUGUAUAACUGUGGAUUGGAUAGCUUGAUUAUGUCUGCUGAUUUGGAUAUCUUCAAGUACGAUCGAGACAAAACUACCUUAAAUGUUUCAACUAUUUUGAAUGUAUGGUAUGCCUUAAAUUUUAAUAAUUAUUUUGAUGAAAGGAAUGAACUCUUUCCAAAGUUUGAAAUUUUAUACAAGAAGUCAAAUUUCAAAGAAUUGACGGAUAAAGUAUACAAGAUAUAUAAUGAAAAGUGUACUAAACCAAUGACAGAAACAGAAAGGAAUAAAAUUAUUAGAUUUGAAAUAUCACUGGAAAGUUAUGCCAGUCCUAUCAGCUCUUUGAUAGAUGAAACACGGACAUUGCUUAAAAAUGUUAUACAUGCAAGCCCCUGAAGCAACUUUAUUAGGAGUUUGCUUGUUGGUUGGUCAGUACAUUUUAUGCCCCCUUGCACCGCAGUGAAAAGGGGUCAUGUUGUUUUGCAGCAUGAUGUUGGCCAGUCCUUCAAACAUUGUUUUCCUAUCAAUAAUUUGAGACGGUUGGUGCAUUACCAUGAAACUUCAUACAUGUAGGUGCAUUGGUCUUUUGACCCCAAUUGAUUUUAGGGUCAAAGGUAAAGUUAACAUUGACCUCAUAUGCCAAAUCGUUUUCGACCCAACAAUCAAUGGGCCCAUGACCCUCAAACUUCAUAGGUGCACCUUUGCCAGUACAUAACCUGUAUUAAUUUUUGAGGUCAAAAGCUAAAGGUCAAGAUCACAUUAACAUUGUAUGUCAGUACAAUUUCUUAAUGAUAAGACAAUCGAUGGGCCCUUGGACCUCAGACUUCAAUAGGAGCAUAGGUCUUGGGCAGUAGAUGACCUCUUCUUAUUUUUGGGUUGAGGGCUCAAAGGUCAAAGUCAAAUUGACCUUGUAUUUCAAAACAGUUUCCAACCAAUAACUCGACA